AAUGCCGUAAUUAUGACUCAGUCGACCUUGAACGAUUUAUCGCGAAACUGUAAACUAUACCAUCCAUGCAUACUUUAAUGCGCUUUGUACGAUUUCACAUUUGUCCAUUAUCUCUCGUUCUUCUGAUAUAAACGCGGAAAUAAGAACAUUCAUUAAUCUAAAAUUCGUUAUUAUCGUCUUGAUUGGAAAGCUCGAGACUAUAUGAACCGAAAAUUACAUUAACAUUUUUCAUUGUGUGUUAUUAAUUGGCACGUUUCUGAUAUGAAAAUAUGUCUGCAUAUUUCUCCUUUAAUAAGUUCUUUCAAGAUAUUGCCAUCUCGUGAGAAUUGAAAAACAGAAACGAUUUAUUUAAAUCAGUGUUCUGGAAGAUAUACAGUCGAAAGACGAGCUGCUCUGCAUCAUGACUUCAUUUACGAAGAUUAUAUUCCGAUUUUUACCGCUUGGAAUUGUACUAUUAAUUGCGGUAGUAUAUUAUUUAUCGAACGAUUAUAAAAAUAUUAACGCGGAAGAAAGCACCGUUGAACUACAAGUGUUUCGGCAUCGACGAGCGAUUAAUCCCACUGCAUUACGUUAUUGCAAGUUUAAUCAGUAUUAUGACCAGGAGGAAGGACGUUGUCUAGGUGUACCCGGUGGCGGUAAGGUGCUUCACGUUGAGAAUGGACGAUCAUGUGGCGUCAACAUUUUAAAGCCGCACUGCACUAGUCUUCUGUAUUACCAUAUCUGCAAGCGCGACAAGUCAAUCCUGGCACAGUGUGCGAACGGACAGAUCUUCGACAAUCGUCUACAACGAUGCGCCUACUACGAUUCAAGUAAAUUAACUCCCAGCAUCAUUCAACCGGAUGAUCUCGAAUAUUAUGAACACGUUAAGGUGCCAGAUUGCAUGAGACCCGGCCGGUUUCCCGUGCCCGAUCACUGUUCUAUGUUUUACACGUGCGACACGAACGGACAUAGACUUCACCAGAGCGUCUUUAAGUGCCCGCGAAACACGGGGUAUCAAGCAAUCAGAGAAAUCUGCGCCGUCGUGUCAGAUUGUGAGAACAAUGAUUCGGUAGACUCCGUAAUUUGUGUACCAGAUGCGCCAGAUGAUAAUGUGGAAUCAUUAAAUUCUGAUGGAGCUACAGAAGAAAACGAAGGAAUAUCCAAAAAUAGUGAAACUGAUUCUUUGACAAGAGAAGAAAGCAUACAACCCAAGAGUUACGAUGAUAUUAUCUCUGCUCCUGAAAGCAUAACAGAUAAUCCACUAUCAAUAGACAACGGAGGUAAUGAUGGUGAUUUAGACAAAGCGAGUUCAUUGCCCACACAUCCAAAUCAAGACAUUUCAGUGUCUGAUGGUGAAAUGUUCAAUCAAGCAUCGAAUCCGACUGAAAGCGCACAAGAAAUAAAUAACGAGAAAGCCGACACGAUACCACCAGUAGACUUACCUUCAAUGUAUAGUACAGAUAUAAAUUCUAACAUUGAUAGUGAAACAACGGAACAAUACAAAAAUAACGAUGACGAACGAGUAACAUUACCAAAUUCAAACACUGAAGCUUUUGAUUCAGCAUCGACAAUAAGCAAUACACCAGACUUAUCUUCAAUCAAUGAUAAAUCAUUGAAAGUAGACGAAGAAACGCAGGAUAUGACUGAAGCAGUCAAUUCAUAUCAGACAUCAACAAUAAGUAAUAUACCGGAAUUUCCUCCCAUUAGUGGAACAUCAUCUAAAUCAUAUGAAGAAAUGCAGAGUGUAACUACAGAACAAUAUGGUAAUGAUGAUGGAAUAAUGGCACCAUCAAAUUCUAAUGCUGAAAUGGUUGAUCAAAACCCAACACCAAUAUUAAGCGAUAUAUCUGCGACCACAGAUAGUCCAAGUAAUGAUUUUGAUACAUUAUCUCCUACAUCGGCAUCUGCAAUUUUAUCACCACAAACAGAUAUCAACGACGAUCAAUACGCCACGAAAGAACUAUUCAAAACUUCUCCUUCGAUUGAUAGUAAACUCAUUGAUCCCGACUUAGAUGCGCCGGAAGUAAUCGAAGAUGGUUCCAAACAUAUUGACACUUUAGAUUUAGCACCUACGACACAGCCCACUUUGACUCUGGAACAUUUAACUGCAUCGAUGGAUAUUACGACCAUAACUCCCACGAAACAAGAUCUUCCUGCUAUUUCAGACACAGAUUUGAUAACACAAAAUGGUAAGGAUAGCACGGAAGCAUCACCUUUUAUUGAGCAAGAUGCUCCGAUCACAAAUAAUUAAUAUUAUACAUGCAUUUAUAAAGUAUAUGUUUUUGUUGGGAUAUAUCACUGAUAAAAAAUGUGUGAUAAGAUACAUUAUAAAUAUCUAGAGAAAAUAAUAAUUUAUUAUAAUUCGAAAUUUGUUUCCCGUUUCUGAGGUAGCGUAAUACAUACAUUGACAUACAAUCUAUAUGUACAAGUUCACUUACAUACUUUAUGUAAGAUACAAAGGAAAAAUUAUUCUACGAAACGGAAAAUGAGAAUAAAUAAUGAACUAUCACCGUUAAUAUUAAUUGUUUGUAUAAAUAUAGUACACAUAUUUUUUAAAUACAUAUUAUUAUCAUAUA